GUUUGCUCUCCACCAUAGUAAACCUCAGUGUGAGUUUUCGCCUGCCUCCUGUCUGCUAACAAACCCUACUACUCCCCAAGUGGUGAAUGAUUUUGCGGUGAGAAACGAGAUAACUCACUGUGUAGAGGAGACAUGGCAAGCCAAGCAGCUGCGUCUUUUAAUGGCAACAUGAAGAAAGCACUUGCUGGCCUCAGACGUAUCAACCUGGAAGGUUUGCGAUGGAGAGUAUUUGAUGCCAAAGGCCAGGUCCUUGGAAGAUUAGCAUCUCAAAUAUCAACAGUAAUUCAAGGCAAGGAUAAGCCAAUAUAUGCCCCUUAUCGCGAUGAUGGGGAUAUGUGCAUUGUGCUUAAUGCAAAGGAUAUAUGUGUUACAGGGAGAAAGAUGACGGAUAAGUUUUAUCGCUGGCAUACUGGGUAUGUGGGCCAUCUCAAGGAAAGAAGCUUAAAGGAUCAGAUGGCAAAGGACCCUACAGAAGUAAUACGGAAAGCAGUGUUGCGCAUGCUUCCAAGAAAUAAAUUGCGUGAUGACAGAGAUAGAAAAUUGAGGAUUUUUGCUGGAAGUGAGCACCCCUUUGGUGAUCGGCCUCUUGAGCCAUAUGUAAUGCCUCCUAGAACAGUACGAGAGAUGCGGCCACGUGCUAGACGAGCCAUGGUUCGAGCUCAGAAAAAAGCUCAGCAGCAAUUACAUGCUGCUAAUGAUGUGAGAAAAAGCAGAAAGAAAGAAGCUGAAGCAGAAGUGACCGAGUAAAAUUUGGGCAAGUGAUAGGGGAGAAAGCAGAAAGAAAUUAGUAGAAGUGAGAGUAACCUGGUAAAAAUUGGGAAGAGCUAAUAUACAUGUUUCUCAGAUUAGAUGCGUUUUUAUUCUGUAUGUAAUCACUAUAAAUGGUCAUGUCCCCAGCUGCUAGAAAUUGAAAUAUUCUUCUCCUGGUUCUUGAAUUCCUUUUAUGUUUAUAAACCUUUAGUAUGUACGUUUCAGUUGAAAUUACGCAUGUUUGAAGCACUGAAGUUGCCCUGGGGACAACAUUUUUCAUGAUAAUGCAAUGCUGAGUUUCAUUCA